GAGAGCGAGGCAGGAAGCGACGAGGAGCCGCGCGAGAGCUUCUGUUGUUCUUUAGUAAACACGAGCGAAAGAGCUGGGAGAAUUUAGCUAGUAUGGGAAUAAAGUUGGGAAAUGUGCUUGUCGGGAUGUUCGUCGAGGGAAACCACGCGGCGCUGGAUGUUUCUGUGAGGGGGUGGUGAAGUUUUUUGAGGGUUUGUUGAAGGUUAGCAGAAGGUUGAGGGCGGUAGUUGUUAGCUAAGUACACACGAGUAGUCAACGUUACGUUAGCCAAACUUGAGUUAACACGUUAAUAAGACGGUUAAAGUGCGUGUUUUUUGCGUUAUUUCCACUUUAAACGGACUUUAGUGGAAGUAAACUUGUAGUAAGUCACUGAUAGGAAGAGAUUUAGGUGCUUUUAAGAGGGGGCUCCUAUUCAAAUCUCCCUCCCUUUUCCCUCCUUUAUGUGGGGACUGCCUGUGUGACUGAGGGCUCUCUGGGUUCUCAGCCUCUUUCUUUCAGGCCGCGGGGAUUUAUUUAGCGAACUAACGUACUUUUUGUAGCAGUCUGGAGGAAGCAGAGGAUAAUUUCUGAGUUACAGUAGCUAACUCAGCUUUGUUAGUUAGCUACAGUUCACCGUCAAGAAAAGCGUGUAAAAAAAGCUCCACAGCGCCGGAGAACUGGAUACUGCCUUCAUUGUUUUCAAUCAGUUUGGAUUAGAUUCACCAUGGAUCCUCCAAACUCUGGGAACUCAGCGUCCUCUGGUGCUUCUUCAAAAAGCACCAAAGAGAAGAAACCCAAGAAAACCUACGACGAGGGAAAUGAGAAGAAGAAAUUUACCUUCAAACGACUCAUUCCUGAUGAGCUGGAGCGCUUCACCAGCAUGAGGAUUAAGAAGGAGAAAGAGAAGUCCAGCACGCUGAGCAACAGGCACUCCUCUGCUGCACAGUACGAGAUUCCAGCUCAGAACGCCAUGCUGCAGGACCACUCUGACGACUACAUCCUGGAGCUCUUUGAACAGAUGCUGGUGGAUAUGAAUCUGAACGAGGAAAAGCAGCGGCCGCUGAGACAGAAGGACAUCAGCAUAAAGAGGGAGAUGGUCUCUCAGUACCUGCACACAUCCACAGCUGGUCAGAACCAGAAAGAAAGCUCCAAGUCUGCGGUGAUGUACAUUCAGGAACUGAGAACUGAACCCAGAGAUGUACAGCUGCUGAGCUGCCUGGAGUCUCUAAGAGUCUCCCUUAACAACAACCCUGUCAGCUGGGUGCAGACGUUCGGAGAUGAGGGUUUGUCUCUGCUGCUCAGCUUUCUCAAGAGGCUCCAGGAGGAGAAGGAGGAAUAUCCGAAUUCUGGGAUUUCGGUGAAGUGCCAGCACGAGAUCAUCCGUUGCCUCAAAGCCUUCAUGAACAACAAGCACGGUCUGAAAGCCAUGCUGUCAUCUGCUGAUGGGAUUUCACUUCUGGUUCGAGCAAUCAAUCCCAGGGUGCCUCAUAUGAUGGUGGACGCUGUCAGACUGCUGUCGGCUAUCUGUAUCCUCGAGCACACUGACAACCUUCAUGAACGUGUGCUGGAGUCCAUUACUGAGCUGUCUGAGGAAAGGGACAUCGAGAGAUUUCAGCCCUUACUGUCUGGCAUGCAGAAAUCCAACAUCGCUCUCAAGGGCGGCUGUAUGCAGCUGAUCAACGCUUUGAUCAGCAGAGGAGAGGAGCUGGACUUCAGGAUCCAUAUACGCUCUGAACUCAUGCGUCUGGGACUCAGAGAGCUACUUUCUGAAGUGAGGCUGAUUGAGAAUGAGGAGCUGCGAGUACAGCUACAGGUUUUUGAUGAGCAGGCGGAGGAGGACUCUGAGGACCUCCGCUCCCGGCUCGAUGAUGUGCGCAUUGAGAUGGAUGAUGCUUCGGAAGUGUUCCAGAUCCUGCUGAACACGGUGAAGGACUCUAAAGCUGAAGGCUUCUUCCUCUCCAUCAUGCAGCACCUGCUGCUGGUGCGCAGCGACUACAUGGUUAGGCCACAGUACUACAAGCUGAUAGACGAGUGUGUUGCUCAGAUAGUAUUACGCAGAAGUGGCUGUGAUCCAGACUUCAAAUGCAGGAGCCUACAGGUGGACAUCGAAGGGCUGAUUGAUAACAUGGUGGAUAAGACGAAAGUGGAGAUCAGUGAGGCCAAGGCCGUGGAGCUGGAGAAAAAGCUGGAUGCUGAGUUGACUACCCGGCACGAGUUACAGGUGCAGUUUAAGAAGAUGGAGGGAGAUUAUGAACAGAAAGUCCAAGAGCUCAGCACCGAUAAAGAAGCUCUCGGGAAUGAAAAGGUGGAGAAGGAGAAAGAAAACCAGGCGCUAAGUGGUGAAAUCGGCCAACUCAAGGAACAGGUUACCAAGCUUUCCAAAGAUCUUGAAGAAGCCAAGGCUAAUGUCAAGCUGAAAAUAGUUCCAGUUCCUGUGCGCAUUCCCUCACAGUCUUCUGGCUUAGCCUCUACACCUGCAGUGCCACCUCCUCCACCACCCCCACCUCUACCUGGUCAAUGCUCGCUGCCCCCACCCCCUCCACCCCCACCACUGCCUGGCCAAGCCUCGCUGCCCCCACCCCCUCCGCCCCCAGGCCAAGCCGCUCUGCCCCCACCACCUCCACCCCCUCCACUUCCAGGUAUGCCUGUACCCCCACCUCCUCCACCUCUGCCUGGUGCAGGAGGUAUGAUGCCACCUCCACCUCCUCCAUUACCUGGUGCUCCUCCACCCCCUCCUCCACCUCCUGGAGCUCCAGGUAUGCCCCCUCCUCCUCCUCCGAUGCCCGGGAUGCCUCCUCCUCCCCCAAUGCCUGGGAUGCCUCCUCCUCCUCCAGGUGGAUUUACCUGGGCCCCUGCAAUUCCACAACUACCAUUCGGCCUGGAGCAAAAGAAGGAUUACAAACCAGAGGUGCAGCUGAAGAGGGCCAACUGGAGUAAGAUUGCAGCUGAAGACCUUUCUGAGAAGAGUUUCUGGGUCAAAGCAAAAGAGGACCGCUUCGAGAGCAAUGAACUCUUUUCCAAGCUCACGCUCAUCUUCUCCUCCCAGACCAAGACUUCCAAAGGUAAGCACACCCCCUCAUUUUUGCGUGUAAGUGUGUGUGCGUGAGUGAGCGAGAGAGAGGGUGGCGCUUUGCUGCUCCGUCCUCUGAGACAGGAAGACAGAAAGAGCACUCACCGCAGGAGGCGGAUAGCUUUGCUGCAAUAGAUGGAUUGAAAAAAAAUGGAUGGAUGGAUGAAAGGAGGAGGGGGAGGAAGAGAGAAAUCUCAUCGCUCUGUAGUGGAAAGUCUCAGUGACAGAGAGGAGGAUGUGGGUGGCAGAGAACUGGUCCCUCUCCCUCAGGGCUGAGUGUGUGUGUGCGUGCACGUGUGUGAGUGUGUGUAUGUGUGUAUUUGGUGCUUACCUCAGGAGAACAGACAUCACACUUCUUGUGACUUUAUAUGCAAAACUUCUCUCAUGCUGAAUUAAAUAUGAGCAAGACCUUUUGGUGUAUGUGUGUUUGUGAGAGAGAGAAAGAGAGAGAGAAAGAGAGAGAGAGAGAAUCUUUGUCCUCUGGCAAGUCUGCUCUGUGUCAAACUACAGCCAGAUACAUCCCUGUGGGGGGAUAUUUGUGUGUGUGUGUUUCUGCAGUGCUGUCCGUGCCCUUCCCCUGCAUGUCACCUCCUGCCCUCACACUUUCUUAUACCCCCUGCUUCUCACUUUGUCUCUCUCGCGUCCAUUCUCUCUUUCUUUCUUACAUCCUCUUCCUCUCUCUCUCUCACUUUCUCUCCCACUCUCUCUCUCUCUCAUUCUUUCUGUUUCUCUUUU